AUGGAAAGGCCAAUUUGUUUAAUUUGCUCGAAGGAGUUCUCUAGGAAGGAUCAUUUAAGAAGGCAUCAGAUAAUCACUCAUAGCGAGCAACGGAGUUCUAUUGUAUGCGAAUAUUGUAAUAAAGUAUUCACAAGAAAUGACACGUUGAGAAGGCAUAUGACGACCUGUUCUGUUGCUCUAGAAAUAAAUUCAGGGAAUCCUUUGGCUUUAAGUAAUAGACCAAAAGGACGGAAAAAGAGAUCGUGCGAGAGAUGUAACUUCACGAAAAGGAAAUGCUCCUUCUCAAGCGACACAAACGGAUGUACUAAUUGUAUCAAAUCUGGAAUUUUAUGUUCCCGACUAAAGAAAAAUGAAACAGGAUUUUCUGAAGGAAAAUUGUUGGUCAGUACAGAUCCUACAGAUCCUAUUUCGAAAGCGUAUUCUUCGAGCUCGGCCCCUUUAUUUUUUCUGCUGUGGUGCAAUCUGACAGGCAAUGCAAUUUUUAGCACCUCAUUUCCAUUAGGGUCCCCAAUUUUUAACAAACAUGACUUUGACGUUUGUCCAACUGAUAUAUUCGGCUCACCAAGUCCUACAAAUUUAUUGUCAGAAACUGAGUUUACAUCGCCCAUUCUUUUGACAGUACAUAACUUGACUGAAACACUUAGUCCGAAAAUAAAGACAUGGCUAGAUGGUAAUAACGUUCAAAAGUUCAUAUCUUUGUAUUUCAAUCAUUUCCAUCUACAUACCCCUUUCUUGCACAAAUCCACUUUCGUUAUUUUCGAAACACCAUCUUCCUUAUUGUAUUGUUUGUUAAUUAUUGGAGCUUUGUAUUCAGAUGUCGAUAUGGAUGUGAAAUUCGCAUUAUCUCAACUCGAUACUGUUGAAGGUUAUAUUAAUGUAAAUGAGCCUAAGACGGAUAGUCGGGAUUAUCCUUUGCAUGUAAUUCAAGCAUAUGUUUGCUUGUAUACUGCUUUGACUUGGUCUGGCUCGAAAAGGCAAAGACAGCAUGCAAUAGAAAAUUUUCCUCGAUUAGUGACCCUUGUCAAGAACAAAAAAUUAAACCAUGCCUGUCAUAAGGUCUCUUAUUCUAAGUCUGAGGAAGAUUGGAAAGACUGGAUUCAAUCAGAAAUGAAAAUUCGAACGUGUUAUUCUGUGUUUCUAUUAGACACAUCGCAUUUAAUAUUUUUCAACAAUUUCCCAAGAAUUGUUCCAUCUGAAUUGAGAUUACCUUUACCAAGUCAUCAUAAUUGGUGGGAAGCAUCUUCUUAUGAAGAAUGGCAUGCUACUUACUUCCCUAGACCCUUGUUUCUUGAAGUUGCCCAGUUUUUAAUUAACGCAGAUUCGGUUGAUUUAUCGUACAACUUAUACAUGUACGACUUCUUCGUUUUAUUACAUGCUCUCUACGUGAAUAUGUGGUUCCAAAAGCAAUUGUUAAAUUUCUUUACUUCUUCGCAAAUAAAAGCACAACGGAAGGCGUUAGAAAAUUGGAAAACGAUAUGGAAUCGAGCAAUAGAACGUAUACCUGAAAAUGAAUGGUCUAAGUUUGGAUUCUGUCGAAACGCAAUCGAAUAUUAUUGGCUAGCUAGAUUGUUUUUAUCUAGUAAGGAGAAAAGAUUGCUGCUCGAGUAUGAUUCUCCAGGUGCAAUAGAAAACCUGAUUAAAGAUGCUCCAUCGGAAAAGCUUGACAGCGAUGAAGAAUUAUUGAGCUUUGUUAUAUUGAUGAAAGCGGUAAGAUCAAAUGCAAAAAUCAAUAAUGUUGAUGAUGUUGAAGAAAUAUUGGAAGAUAGCUUUGAUAUUUUAGAAAAGCCAAGUGAAGGGCAACACGAUAUUUUUAAAUUCAUAUUAUGGAAGAAUGAAUGA